AUGCUGCCCUGACCCCCCCUCUCCCCGCAGAGGCUGACCCUCGUGCUCGCCCUGGCGACCCUGACCGCUGCCUUUGGGUCGUCCUUCCAGUAUGGGUACAACGUGGCCUCCAUCAACUCCCCUUCUGAGAUCAUGAAGGAGUUUUAUAACAGCACCUUCUACGACAGAACAGGUGACUACCUGAGCGAGUUUUCUUUGACGCUGCUGUGGUCUGUGUCUGUGUCCAUGUUCCCCUUCGGAGGCCUCGUUGGCUCUUUCUUGGUGGGCCCCCUGGUGAAUAAGUUUGGCAGGAAAGGGACCUUGCUGCUCAACAACAUCUUCUCCAUUGUGUCCUCGCUCCUAAUGGGAUGCAGUAAAGUCGCUAAGUCAUUCGAGAUGAUCAUCGUGGCUAGGUUUCUGGUGGGGAUAUGUGCAGGUUUGUCUUCCAAUGUUGUCCCCAUGUACUUAGGGGAGCUGGCCCCCAAGAAUCUGAGGGGAGCCCUUGGGGUGGUACCCCAGUUCUUCAUUACCGUUGGCAUCCUGGUGGCCCAGAUCUUUGGUCUUCGGGCGCUCCUCGCACACGAAACUGGCUGGCCCAUCCUCCUGGGGCUGACCGGGGUGCCGGCGGGGGUCCAGCUGCUUCUGCUGCCCUUCUUCCCCGAGAGCCCCAGGUACCUGCUGAUUCAGAAGAAAGAUGAAAACGCAGCCAGGAGAGCGCUGAAGGAGCUGCGAGGCUGGGACGACGUGGAGGCCGAGAUCCAGGAGAUUCGGGAGGAGGACGAGGCCCAGAGGGCCGCGGGCUCCAUCUCCGUGGUGAGGCUGUUCCAGACGCGGUCGCUGCGCUGGCAGGUCCUGUCCAUCAUCGUCCUCAUGGCCGGCCAGCAGCUGUCGGGUGUGAACGCGAUCUACUACUACGCCAACGAGAUCUACAGGAGGGCGGGGGUGGAAGCCGACCACGUCCAGUACGUGACGGUCGGCACCGGGACGGUCAACGUGCUGAUCACCGUCUGCGCCGUGUUCGUGGUGGAGCUCCUGGGGCGAAGGCUCCUGCUGCUCCUCGGCUUCUCCACCUGCUGCGCCGCCUGCUGUGUGCUGACCGCGGCCCUGGCCCUGCAGGACACGGUCUCCUGGAUGCCUUACCUGAGCAUCGUCUGCGUCUUCUCCUACGUCGUGGGGCACGCUCUCGGCCCCAGCCCCAUCCCGGCGCUGCUCGGCACCGAGAUCUUCCUGCAGUCCUCCCGGGCGUCCGCCUUCAUGGUGGCGGGCAGCGUGCACUGGCUGUCCAACUUCGCCGUGGGCCUGAUCUUCCCUUUCACUCAAGAGGCCCUCAGCUCCUACAACUUCAUCAUUUUUGCUGUGAUCUGUCUCCUCACCACCACCUACACCUUCUUCAUCAUCCCUGAGACCAAGGGGAAGACGUUCAUGGAGAUCAACCAGAGUUUCACCAAGAGGAACAAGGUGCCAGGCGUGCACCCCGGGGAGGAGGAGCUGGAUGAACUCCCACCUGCUACUCUGGCACAGUAG